GGGAGAGGAGGACAAGAAAGUACGAGUAGUAGUAGGAUUCUGUCCAAGAGGAAAAUUCAAGAGUUGGUGGAAAGUAUCGAUCCUAGUGAAAGAUUAGAAGCAGAGGUAGAAGAUCUUUUGUUGGAAUUGGCGGAUGAGUUUAUUGAUUCGGUCACAAGGUUUUCGUGUCAACUUGCUAAACAUAGAAAAUCAGAUCGACUUGAAACUAAAGAUAUUCAAUUACAUUUAGAACGGUCUUGGAAUAUAAGGAUUCCUGGAUUUGCUAAUGAUGAGAUUCGACAAAGUCAAAGUAGAAGGGUGAAUGCUUUACCUGCUUAUCAAGCAAGAGUUGCAGCUGUUAGAGAAGCUGCAAAGAAACGUAGACCUACUACUUGA